AAUAGUAAAAUUUGUUUGCGGCGUUUUUCUCAGCGAGAACCGCGAGAAAAGUGAUAAUAAAUGGGCGUGUGAGGGGUUUACUACUUUAGCCUGGUUUUCGCAUCUCUUUUUACGUACCGUUACACGAUGGAAGCAGCCAGCGAACAGCCGGCCGCGAUUGCGGCCGAGCCCGUCGCCAGCAACGAACAAGAGCACAAUGACGAGGCCAUGGAGGAAACGGAAGAGUAUAGUUAUGAAGGGGAAGAUUAUAGGCAUUUCGUGCCGCGUGGCCGUGGCGGCUUUCGGGGUCGUGGCAGAGGUGGGUUUGAUUUCCCUAUGAGAGGUGGCGGACCCCCAAGGUUUAGAGGAAGAGGAUUUGGGCCACGUGGACCAAUGUUUCGUGGGGCAAAUAAUGGGUUUCCCUUUGAAGGCCCACCUAGGCCAAAUUGUCCCCCCGGACCGGCAGGGCCUAGAUUUCGCGGACCGCCGCCUUUCGAUCCAAGUUGGGGACCUAUGGGACCACCAAAUCUCAUGGGGCCUCCAAAUUUAAUGGGACCUCCAGGAAUGCCACCACCACACAUGAUGAAUGGUCCUAUGGGUACAGGACCAGGUCCGUAUGGACCUCCUCCUGGAAUGGGACCACCUAAUAUGAAUAGCAUUCCAGGACAACAGCAGCCACCUCAGCAACAAUCACAGCAGCAAGCAAACAUUCCAGGUCUAGAUCUCAAUGGAGAAGUGUGGGUAGAGACAAAAGCAGCUGAUGGCAAGUCAUAUUAUUACAAUAUUCGGACGAGAGAUACUACAUGGACUAAACCGGAGGGACCAAAUGUGAAGGUCAUGGUACAGGAUCAGUUGGAACAGUUAGUACAUGGAGCGUCGAAACAAGCGGCGGCACGUUCCAGCACACCUACUUCGUCAAGUAGUACACCGACUCAGAUUAGUGAAAAUAGAAUUUCUCAAUCCGGCGAGCAAUCGUCUUCGAAUAACACGGAUGCUAUUAAUCAAUUAAGUACAGCACCUCCUGGCACUGGACCACCUCCUACAUUGAAUGAUACAUCAGAUGGCAGUAACCAAGCAUCUGAAACAAAUCAAUCUAACGGUACAGCACCCACGACAGUUACCAAUACACCACCAAUAAAUACACCGGCUGUAAAUACAAAUAUGAUGCAACCGCCGCCAAAUAUGAUUCCUAUGCAACAUAGAAUGCCGAAUCAGUUUGGAGGCCCGAUCGCUACGCAAUUCGGAGCAGCGCCUUUUGGAAUGCCGCCGCCGGGUUUUCAACCUUUUGGCGGUUACGGACCACCGCAAGCAAAUUGGGGAAUGCCGCAAAUGCCCCACGGCGUGAUGGCACCCCAAGCGCCAGCUGAAGAUCCCGCUAUACUUGCGCAACUUGAUUCUGAAUUAGUAGCUGCUGCUAUGGUUUGGACGGAACAUCGUGCACCAGAUGGCAGACUCUACUAUUACAACAGUAAAGCUGGGGAAUCAGUGUGGGAGAAGCCGCAAGCCUUAAAGGAUCUAGAAAAUGCGAAGUUAGCAUUGCGACAGAAAAAUGAGGAAGCAAGUGUUGUCUCCGCCAGUACCGCCGUCACCGUCACUGCCGUUACUAGUAACAACACCGCGGUUGAACCUAAACAAGAAAAGCCGCAAGAGAACGUCCACGAAACCAAAGAUAGUACAAAAGACGCAGAUAUCACUAAACCGAAAAAGGAAGAAAAUAUUGCAAAAGAACCUGCAAAACCUCAGGACAAGUCUAGACCAAUUUCUAGUACACCAGUGCCUGGAACUCCAUGGUGUGUCGUUUGGACGGGAGAUGGACGGGUAUUUUUCUACAAUCCUUCUUCGCGGAUAUCGGUAUGGGAAAGGCCAGAUGAUCUUAUUGGCCGUCAAGACGUGGACAAGAUGGUGUCAACACCGCCGGAUGCGGUUGGUGUUACGAAACCAGCACGUCAGUCGGACACCAGUGAAAGCAGCGACGACGAUCAACCAACACCAGCCAAGAAAAUGAAAGUCGAGGAGACGAAAAGCACACCCAUGAAGGAAGAGGAGGAGAAGGAAGGAAAGAAGACCAUUGACAUCGGCAAGGAAGCUGCGAUAGAAGCGGAAGUAAGAGCGGCCAGGGAAAGGGCGAUAGUUCCGUUGGAAACUAGGAUCAAGUCGUUUAGAGACAUGCUAGCGGAGAAAGAUGUAUCUGCAUUUAGUACUUGGGAGAAAGAACUUCAUAAAAUAGUAUUCGAUCCACGCUACUUACUUCUAACGUCAAAGGAAAGGAAACAGGUCUUCGAGAAGUACGUGAAGGAGAGAGCGGAAGAAGAGAGGCGGGAAAAGAGGAAUAAGAUGAAAGAACGGAAGGAGCAAUUCCAGAAGCUCUUGGAGGAAGCUGGACUUCAUGGAAAAUCGUCGUUUAGUGAUUUUGCUCAGAAACACGGAAGGGAUGAACGAUUUAAGAAUGUAGAAAAGAUGCGCGAACGAGAAAGCCUUUUCAACGAAUAUCUUCUGGAAGUGCGAAAGAGGGAAAAAGAGGAAAAAACAGCCAAACGAGAACAGGUGAAAAAGGAAUUCUUUGCGAUGCUACGUGAGCACAAAGACAUCGACAGGCACUCACAUUGGAGCGAUUGUAAGAAAAAAUUGGAAUCGGAUUGGAGGUACAGAGUCGUAGAAUCGGCAAGCACGCGGGAAGAUUGGUUUAGAGAUUACGUUCGCAUGCUGAAGGAUGAGCGGAAAAAGGAAAAGGAGAAAGACAAAGACCAUCGGCACAGAGAGAAAGAUCACAAGACGGACAAGAAGGAUAGAGAUCGUAAGGAAUCGGACAAAGGUAAAGAGUCGAAGUCCAGCAAGGACAGAAGUGAAAAAGAUAGUGGUAAGGAAAAGAAGCAACGAAAGAGCGAGGCGCCUGCGGAGGAAAAUGGAAAGGAGAAAAAGGAGACAGUGGUAGAGAAAGAGAGCGGAGAAAUUGAAGAAACUGACGACAAAAGCGUGAAAAAGGAGAAUGAUAAGGAAGAGGGAGAUGACCAUUCCGAUUCGGAAGAGGACCGUGAGAAACAGAAAAGAGAACGUGAAAGACGAGCGGAAGCUAGUCUUCGAGAGAGAGAAAGAGAAGUACAAAGAACUCUCGCUACACAUCUGCGUGAUAGAGAUAAAGAGAGACAGCAUCAUCGUCAUACUGAAGCGGUUCAACAUUUUAGUGCACUUCUUGCUGACUUGGUAAGAAACGGUGAUCUGGCGUGGAGAGAAGCAAAGCGACAACUGCGAAAGGACCACCGGUGGGAGCUGGCAGAAAGUUUAGAUCGCGAGGAGAAAGAACGAUUGUUUAACGAACACAUCGAGCAGUUAGGUCGCAAAAAGCGGGAUAAAUUUCGAGAAUUGCUCGACGAAGUAGGCGCAUCAACCGAGUUGACAGCAUCCUGGAAAGACAUUAAAAAGUUAUUGAAAGAUGAUCCUAGAUACUUGAAGUUUUCUUCUAGUGAUCGAAAAUGCGAGAAAGAAUUCAAAGAAUAUAUCAAGGACAAACUUGUUGCUGCCAAAGCCGAUUUCAGGGAACUUUUACAGGAAACAAAACUCAUCACUGAUAAAACGUACAAAAAAGUUCAAGAAAACAGCUCGCAUCUAGCAGAGAUUGAGGAAAUUCUUAGGAAAGAUCGAAGAUUUCUCGUACUCGAAGCUGCAGCCGCUGAACGAACUCGAUUGUUGAUGGGUUAUCUGGAAGAAUUAGCACGUAGAGGUCCCCCACCACCUCCUACUGCCUCAGAACCAUCGAGAAGACCAACUACAAAUUGAAGAGUGGUCUACAUCGAAAUAUGGUAUACAUAUGAUGUUACAGUAACAAAAAUGAAUGAAUUCAUAGCUGUAGUUAAAUUAAAUUACUUUACACACAAGAAUAUUGCCUGUAUAGGAUUCAAUAAAAAUAAUGAAUGCCAAUUCUA